AUGGGUCUCGAUGUCGAUAGCCUUCUCGUCCCCUUCCUGGGGGCGUUGCAGGCGUCUGUCGCCGUGCUGCUGACCAUCUUCUCCGGCAUGCUGGCGAGACAGUUCAGCCUGAUCUCGGAGGAGUCGUCAAAAGACGUCUCCAGGAUGUGUGUGAAGCUGUUCCUGCCCGCUCUCUUGAUCGUAAACGUCGGGUCGGAGUUGCAUUUGGAGACGGGCUUCCGCUAUCUCGCCAUCCUCAUCUGGGGCAUCACAACUACACUCGUCUCCCUCGCCUUCGCCAGCGUCACGACGCGCGUUUUCAAGCUCCCGAGUUGGGCGACGCUGGCCAUGACGUUUAACAAUACCACCAGCCUGCCGCUCCUGCUCGUCAGCUCGCUCGCGACCACCAACCUGCUCGACGGACUCGACAAGGUCGGCGGCGCGACGUCCCGCGCAAACUCCUACUUCCUCGUCAACUCCAUGGUCAGCAACUCCCUCACCUUCGCCAUCGGCCCCAGGAUGCUCAACGGCUUCGACGAAGACGGGCCCUACGACAACUGCAAAGCCGACGACAUCGACGAGCAGAUCGACGCCGAAGCGCGCGAAGCGGAGGAGGAGAACGAAGAGACGUCCCUCCUCCCGAGCCGCGUGGUCAGCGGCGGCACCAGAGCGCAGUACUCGGUGUACAAAAAGGGCGUGCACCUCCUGCACCGCCUGCCGCCCUGGGCGCAAACGACGCUCGACUUCCUGUACCAAUUCGUCAACCCGCCCGUCAUCGGCGCCGUCCUCGGCGCGACCAUCGGCCUCGUGCCCGCGCUGCACCGCCUGUUCUUCAACUCGCAGGAGGACGGAGGGUACUUCAACGCCUGGCUCACGUCCGCGCUGAAGAAUGUUGGCGGCCUGUUCGCCGCGCUGCAGGUGGUGCUUACGGGGGUUAAACUCUCGCAGUCCCUCGUGCGGAUGAAGAACGGCGAGCAAGGCGGUACUCUCCCCCCGUGGACGUUUGCUCUCAUCACCGUCUUUCGCUUCUUCAUCUGGCCUGCCGUCAGUAUCCCAAUCAUCUACCUGCUGGCCAAGAAGACGGCGUUGCUGGGCGACGAUCCCAUCUUGUGGUUUACAAUGAUGAUGAUGCCUACCGGACCUUCAGCCCUGAUACUCACAGCGCUGGCGGACGUGAGCGGGGCGGAGGAGGAGCAGAAGUUUACGAUUGCAAAGUUCUUGACGGCUACGUAUGCCAUCUCACCCAUCAUCUUCUUAACGGUCGUGGGGAGUUUGAAGGCGGCUGAGGCUGCUGCGGGUGUCUGA